GCCUUCCUGAUCUCGAGUGCCAAAGAUGUAUGGUUCAAUACUUCAAUUAUCACAUCCGGUCGACCUUCUAAAGUUGAUUCAGCUGAGGGAAAUUACCUCAAUCUUCAAUCUAGAGAUACCUUAGAGUUACUUGUGAAUUCUUCCAUUGACAGCAUUCACAACUCUAAAUUUUCUGAUGAGUCCUUCAGAACUCUAUGUAAAGACAUGAAAGGGAACGAGCUCAUUUCACUUUUGCAGAAUAAGUCAGCAGUUGAGAAUUUCAUCACAAACCAGAGACACCCUUACAUAAAUUUUUGGGGAAAUCACAGUCAUAUAGUUGGAUGUAACCAAACCAGGUCUCAACUUGAAGAGCCUAGUUUGUGUCUUCAGCCACAGAAGCAGCCUCAAGUUCAUUCUAAUAGAAUUUGUAAUUCUGUUUCAUCAAAGGUUGCAAUACCAAGUAACAAACGGAUUAAGUGGACUCAAGAACUUCACGAGCGAUUUGUUGAGUGUGUAAAUCGCCUUGGGGGUGCUGAAAAAGCAACUCCAAAGGGAAUCCUAAAGCUGAUGAACUCUGAAGGAUUGACCAUCUUUCAUAUGAAAAGUCACUUGCAGAAAUAUCGUGCUACCAAAUAUAUAACAGAAUCUGCCGAAGAGAAAUGUGAGAGGAAAACUUGUCUAAGCUUAAUGCCACAGCUCGAUCAAGAAAUAAACACGCAGAUAGCAGAGGCACUAAAACUGCAAAUGGAUGUCCAGAGGCGCGUAUAUGAACAACUAGAGAGUCAAAGAGUAAUGCAAUUGCAGAUUGAAGAACAAGGGAAGCAACUUAAGAAGAUGUUGGAGCACCAGAGGACGACAAAUUAUAAGACCUGUAUUGAUGAUGCCGAAGAUACUGAACAACUGAAUUCAUCAAAAUCAUUGAACAAAUGAAAAUUUAUCGAAGAACACUACUCGAAGAUAUCAUCUACCAUAUUGGCUGAAAGACUCUGGUGUGACUUUGUCUUUGUCCCAUAAUUUCACACAAUAACAGGUAGAAAACACAUUGUUGAGCACUGAGUCCUAAAUUUUGCAACCAAAAAAAAAUUGGCUCCUCAAUUCAUGUAUGAACCAUUUCACCUUCCUUGAUAUGCUCAGUUUUUAAGAAAAAAGGAAAAUUCUACUUAUGUUGUGAUUCAGAAGUACAACACUGGAGUGAAAUUAGAGGUAUAAGAGGCUACAAAAUCGAAGUUUGGCAGGGAAUGUGGCUUGCAAAUCCAAAAGGAAGGCUUAGCUUAUAGUUUAUCUUUUUGUUCUCUGACUCAUUUUAUUUAAUCAUUACGACACACUACAACGCGCGAUUGUGAUGUUGAAUUCCACCAUGUUCUUGUUUUCUUCUAUAUACUAUUUCAUAUUUUUUAUAGAAUCUAGACAACCCACACAUUUUAUUGCUUAUAAAUACAAACUGCCAUUUAUGGAACGACCCAAAGCUAAAUAUUAAUUAUAAAAAAAAUUAAAAAUUCAGCAUGACCUUUGCUAAAAAGGAGCCUACAACCACCUGCUCAAAUAAAAAAAAUGCAAUUGCCCUUCCUGGCCCAUCAAGACUUAUCUAAGCUAUCCCAACACAAGAUACAAAACAAAAACAUAUAAUACAUUCCAGCAUCCCAUUCAUUC